UUCAAUUUUGACAGUUUAUUAAAACGAAAAAAAUAGGAAAAUAUAUUGGCCAGCCGAUAAAUUUUUUUUGCAUAUUUUUAAGGAAAAAUUAAUAAAAUAUCUGUAAAAAAGUAAAGAAAAGAAGAAAAACAACAUUUCCAAUACAACUUUAAAUUAUUAAUAAGGAAAAAUAUGGGAGGAGUAUUAAGUUAUUUUCGUGGUUUACUGGGUUCGCGUGAAAUGCGUAUAUUGAUAUUGGGUCUAGAUGGUGCUGGCAAAACAACAAUAUUGUAUAGACUACAAGUGGGAGAAGUGGUGACCACUAUACCAACGAUUGGUUUUAAUGUGGAACAGGUGACAUAUAAAAAUUUGAAAUUCCAAGUAUGGGAUUUGGGUGGACAGACAAGUAUAAGACCCUACUGGCGUUGUUAUUAUAGCAAUACAGAUGCUAUAAUUUAUGUGGUAGAUUCUGCAGAUCGUGAUAGAAUAGGCAUUUCCAAAGAUGAGCUUUUAUACAUGUUAAGGGAAGAAGAACUUGCCGGUGCCGUUUUGGUAGUAUUAGCCAAUAAACAAGAUAUGGAAGGCUGUAUGACUGUUGCUGAAGUUCAUCAUGCUUUAGGUUUGGAAAAUCUAAAAAAUCGUACUUUCCAAAUUUUCAAAACCUCUGCGACUAAGGGUGAAGGCCUUGAUCAAGCUAUGGAUUGGCUUUCCAAUACUCUACAAAGUCGUAAAUAGUCGUAUUUACUUAACCUCUACUACAUCUCUUUUCCUCCCAUAUAUAGUUCCCCUCUCCAAAAAGAAUGAAAGCAAAAAAAACCUAUACCUUUCGUAUUCAAUUAUGUCAAAGAAAAAAAAAAAAUUAAAUUUUAUUUUGUUUAAUUUCUGUACUCCUGUACAACCUAACGAUUCCUUCUACAUUUUUUGUUUGUAAUUUUAAGUAAUUAUAAAUAUGCAAUUAAAAAACAACAACAAAAUCAUAAACAAGUUUAUAAUAAAAACCUGUA